AUGCAUCUCACAAAGUUUAUGCUCCUUUGUGGAGUUCCAUCCGUUCUCGCCAAAUGCAAAUGCACACCGACUGAUGAUUGCUGGCCAUCGACAUCCGAGUGGGAGAGUCUCAACAGCACUAUUCAGGGACAAUUAAUCGCCAAUGAGCCGCUCGCCAAACCCUGUUACGCAGGCUUUGGCAACAACCCCACGCAGUGUCAGGAAAUUAGCAAUCUCUACGAGGAUGCUUCAUUUCGAGAAGCAUCUCCAAUCGGUUAUAUGUAUCCCGUCUUAGACACUUGUGUCCCUAUAAACGGCUCGAUAGCUGGCAAUCCAGUGUGCGACUUGGGUAGCGCGUCUGUAUACAGCAUCAACGCAUCUGGAGCAGCUGACGUUGCGGCUGGUGUUAAAUUCGCGAAAGAUAACAACGUGCGCCUCGUCGUUAAGAACACCGGUCAUGAUAUCAGAGCAAGGCAAGGAUAUGGCAGUCUAUCGAUUUGGACGAAGCAUAUCAGGCCCGAGCUCCAAUAUCAAGAACCAUAUUCGCCCUCCGACAGUUCCUGUCAGUCAACAUGGAACGGAAGCGCGAUCGUAGUGGGCGCUGGAUAUAUUUGGGAUGAGGUAUACGCCUUUGCGGCUAAACACGGCCACAUUGCCGUUGGCGGCGGAGACAGGACUGUCGGUGCUGUCGGAGGUUACCUCCAGGGAGGUGGACACGGCCCUGCCAGCCAUUACUUCGGACUAGCAGCAGACCAGGUUCUCGAGUUUCAGGUUGUGCUUGCUACUGGUGAUGUUGUCACCGCUAAUGCUUGUCAGAACGUGGAUCUGUUUUCUGCUCUCCGAGGUGGUGGUGGCGGCACCUUUGGUAUAGUGCUGGCGGCAACUCUGAAAGUAUAUCCCACGCAACCCGUGUUGAAGCAUUCGUUGAGUGUUACGGCGUUGAGCACUGACAUUUCCGCACUUCUCAACGUUUCUGUGACGAUUCUGUCCAAAUAUCCUACCCUCUCGGACGCUGGGUUCUCAGGAUAUGGACAACUGGAAAGAAUCCUUGGAGUCAACCCUGCUUACAGUCAUACUUUUGGGAAGCUCCUGACAUCAGACGGCUCCUCUUCUAACUCGUCUUCUGAGAUAGACAAAGCAAUCAAUCUUGUGAACGAGGAGAUCUUGGAUUUUCUAUCAUCGCUCAAUGGAACAGGAUUUUCUGUGACAUCGACGUUUCACAAGUAUGAUACGUUUCAAGACUUCUUUAACAGUGGGAGCCAUAAUUCGAACGCAUCUAACAACCCUAGUCCCGCCAUGGUGUCGCGAUUUUUUGAUAAGAAUUCUCUCAGCAACAACCAACAAAAUCUCACGGCUAUGCUCGAAGCAAUAUUCCCUCAGAGUGCGUCCCAAGUUCAGGCCAUAGCCACGCUGUUGGAGCUCUGUCUCGUUGGCGGUGGAGAAGUACUCAACGCCCAGCCACAUACUGCUAUACAUCCCGGAUGGCGAACGACAUAUGUAUUGGCUGAGACUUUCGAUGUACCACCUACUGACAGAGGGCUGCAAGGAGUCCGGCAAGUCAAGGAUUACGCGACAUCGAAGAAACUCAAUGCAAUGAAGGAUGCUACUCCUAUACUUGGCACUUAUCUAAAUGAGGCUGAUCCUAAUGACCCAGACUGGAAAGAAGCAUUCUAUGGGAACCAGUACAGUUGGCUGGAAUCAGUCAAACAGAAGUACGAUCCCGAAGGGGUGUUUUGGUGCUAUCGUUGUGUUGGUUAUGAGGGCUGGGAAGAAAUCACAGGCCCAACACUCUAUGGACCGCUGUGCCAAACAACCUAA